AACAAUGCAGAUAGGAACCUCCAGGACUUUUCGGACAUAUAAUAAUAGUCCUAAGCACGCCAAAGCAAGGUUUGUGACAGAGGCGAGUAGUAGUUUUCAGGGGCAUAUGAUAGAGAAUUCAGAGAAAAAUCUUUCUAGAAUGCCUCAACUCAGAAGGAUAAUUGAGCUGUAUUCUGUGCAUAAAGAUGAUCAAGGUAUGGAUGAGAAUGGGUCCAACUCCGAUGGAAGUUUUACCAGACUCCGCCCUGGUAGCUUCUAUAAUGAAAGUCUUAAAAAUAGUUCAUCUAUGGAGAGAAUUGCUGGAAAAUUCACAAACAGGAGCCAGAGCAUUGGGAAUAAUUUUAAUACUUAUAAGAAUGAGAAAACUGGAAGGACCAUCCCAAGAUAUAAAAUUGGUAAAAGAUCAGCAUCAACCUACCAAAAUCACUUUGAAAUGACACCUGCUAAAGUCCAGAAGGAGAAAUCUCUGAAUAAAAAGGCUGAUUUCCAGUAUGAACAGGUCAGCUACAAUCACAAAUUUCCACCAAUUCCUAAGGCAGAGGUUGAGGAAAGAAUCCCUAGGAGUCCUUUCGAGACGAAAAUGAAAGGCCUCCAAAGCUUUCAAGAGCUUAGUCCAUCUUUUAAGAGGUUUAUACUAAACAGGACGAUGAAUAAAUCUAUCAUCAGUCUAUCUUCUAGCAAAGGGACAAAAGUCAAAUCAAAGCUAUCUCGUAAAUAACAGUAUUUUAAAGAAAUUAGCUGACAGCUCUUUACAAAAAGAGCUGAACAUGUUGAAAGAGAGGUCUGUUAACAUUUCAGACAUCAUGAAAACCUCAUAUGAUCGGCCUAAAGUAACAGCAGUGCAGGAUACCUUACAUGGAAUUUUUCAAACCUCUUCAAGUCUUAAAAAUGAGCAGAGACAUAGGAAAUUCAAGACUUGGGGUGGCAUAAAGAUUCCAAUAAGUAUUAAAACAGGCCAAUUCAAUAGGAACAAAGAUGUUCUUAACAAAUGGGAUGAACAGAGAGAUGGGAUAUUCAACAAGCUGUAA